UGUUCGGGUGUGGUAUGUGGGCGGCUGUCGUACUAGGUAAAGUGUCAGUGAAGUCCGGGUGUGGAGCUGAACAUCACUCAGGAAGAGGCAGAGUACUACAAGCGGAGGGGAGAGACCAUGAAGGAAGCAGGGGAGUCAGAUGGGGCGCCCCUGCAGCUUGUAAGGAAACUGCUCCGAGAACUCCCCAUAGAGCAGCGUCUCUUCCUCACUGGGCAGCUCGCUGCUCUAAUUUUGGCUUUCUUGUUCCGAUACUGCCUGCCUCCUUCUCAUUGUGGACCAAAAGUCAGACAUGGCAUUGCCUCCUUGCUUGGAAUCUGUCUAUCAGUCUAUUGCUUUGGAUGGCUCACAGUAUUUCUUGUAGGAGAAGUUGUGAUGUGUUAUCUCAUGCUUCUUAUGGUUAGCACCAGAAGAAUUCAAAUAUACACAUUGCUGAUAACCAUGGUUUUUCUUACAUUCUUUCAUAUUCGAAGAUUUGCAAACCCCUUAGUAGAUGAACUGGACUUUACAGUGGCUUUAAUGACACUUACACAAAAAUUGAGCCGGUUUGCAUUUGAAUAUCACGAUGGAACUGUCCGCAGUGAACAGUCUCUGACUCCUACACAGAGACGCCUAGCUAUCAGGUCUCUUCCUGGAAUACUCCCAUACCUAAGUUACAAUGUGGGAUUUUUAGGCCUUCUUGCUGGUCCUCUAUGUUCUUUUAAUGACUACCAGAUAUUUAUACAUGGAGAAGAGAAGAAUAGAAACCCGAAUGUGGCAGUAUUCAAGAAGCUGUGGCUUUGCUGUUUCCUAUUAACUGCUCAUAUUAUGAUGUCGGACCAAUUCUCUAUCUCAAAUGAUCCAAAUACCUCUGUGCUCUACCUGUUUGUGGAACUGUACUUGACUGCAGCUUCUAGAAGACCAAAGUAUUAUUUUGCUUGGACUUUAGCGGAUGCAAUAAACAAUGCUGCUGGCUUUGGCUAUAAUGGAAUCUCAGAUGAUGGGGAGGAGAGGUGGGACCUACUAUCUAACCUCAAUAUAUUAAAGAUUGAGACAGCUACCAGCUUCAAGAUGUAUAUUGAUAACUGGAAUAUACAGACAGCAGUGUGGUUGAAAGAGGUUUGUUAUGAUCGAAGCCCAUUUAAUCCGCUGCUUUCUACCUUCCUAUUGUCAGCAGCUUGGCAUGGUGUACAUCCAGGAUAUUACUUCACCUUUCUGACUGCUGCGCCAAUCACGGUUGUUGCUCGCAGGGUUAGGCAAACUAUACGUCCAUGGUUCCAACAUUCGUCGAGGAGUAGACUAUCUUACAGUUUGAUCACCUGGCUGUGUACCCAAAUAGCUAUGACAUACACUGUGGCACCCUUCAUAUUACUAGGCCUUGGACCAUCACUACAAUUAUACAGGUCCUUGGGUUUUUGCUUCCACAUUCUCCCUGCACUGCUUCUUCUCAUCCUUCCUGAUAAAAAUAGGCUUGAGACUAAAGGGGGAAGUUCUAAAGAGUCAGCCUGUGACCGUAACUAUAACCAUCUUAAGAAGGAAAUGUAAAGAAGAAAUCUAUUUCUUUAUCAGAGGCAGAAACAUCAUACAAACUUUGUCUUAGUAAAUAUUCAUGUUAGCAGCUGCCUUGGAGAAAGUGCCUUCAUCUGCAUUCAACUAAAAAUUCCGUCCAGCUUUGUGCUUGGAAGUCUUCUAGAUCCUAGAUCACAUUGACUACUAAAUGUUUAAUUUGGAUUACACAGUAGUCAGCUGCCUCCACAUCCUUCCAGCCAAUGUCUUUGGCAUGUAUUUAUUAUAGUUCUCAGGAAGCAAAGAUUGUAGGAAGUGCCCAUUAGCACAGACGUGCAGUUUAUCAUGAAGCAUGUAUUUUAAGCAAUACAAACUGGCAGCACUUUAUGAAAAGGUUAUUCUAUCUGUAACACAAUGUAUAUCUCUGAUUGUUUUCUACCUAGGCUCCAUGCGCACAUCUUUUCUGCGUGCAUAAGGCUGAUUGUAGUCCUAUUUCAAGCCAAAAGGCAGUGAUUUCGUUUUUUUAAAUGAGCUUUUUUUGGAGUAUGGGCAGAUUUUUCUGUAAGGUGUGUACAAUUUUGAGGCUUGACUUAAGACUCUUUUACACAGGGUGAUUAGUGGCUGAAUAGGCCAAUUAUUGCUCUGCGUGAAGCGAGAAGCAUGGAUUAUCUGAUGAACAAGCAGUUGCCUGUAUGUGGAGUGAUCACGGUCAGCCGUACAUCUCCCUGUGUAAACAGUUGCUGUGCAGCUAACAAGGAUGUAAGUGAAGGGCCCCAUGAACAAUCCAGCAAUCAUAUGUGCAGCCCUGGCCACACAUUCAUUGAUUUGUAUAAAAGUCUCACUAAACAAGUCUUGAUAUAAGAAAUUGGCACUCAUAUUGGACAAGGGUCUGCUCAUCUAAAAAGAGCCUAUACUUUUUCCUUAAGGGUAGGGUCACACUAAGCGGAUACCCUGCGAGAAAUAUGCAGAGCAGCGGGAAAUACUGUGUAUGCGCUAGGAGCAGACACAGGGCCUUCCCCACUACAGACCAGUGUCUGCAAUGAGGGUCGGAUGCCGGCCGCGCCAAUCGGCAUAACUGUGACAGCCAGCUCCUGAACCUCAUUGCAGACUCAGGGCUGCGGCAGAAAAAGCCCUGUGUCUACUUUAGCGCAUGUGCACCGUAUUUCCCGCUGCUCGGCAUAUUUCUCGCAGCAUCAAAUGCGCUGCUUAUCCGCUCAGUGUGACCCUACCCUUAGAGUGUAUUCAUACACACUGGAUCUACUGCAGAUUUGAACUUGCGGAUCCGCUGUGGUGGAUUUUACUAAGCAGAUAAAAAUAUAUAGGAAUAUACAGUUAUAGAUCUGCAAUUGCUGAUUUUAUAACUUCAAAUCUGUAACUGAUGCUGUAUGUGAAUACACCCUAAAUAAUAACUGGUGGAUGCAAAUUUAUUUAUUUUUUAUUACUUUUGCACACUCUAAGGGUACGUUCACACGGGCAAAUUUAUUUGUGGGUUUCCCACAGCAUAUUUGAAAGGGGGCGGGCUCUUCUCGUCUGUCCGCAGCAGAUUUUCCACUGCGAGAAACCCGCUGCAGACCCUACUGACUUCAAUGGGGCUUGCGGAGGAAAUUCCGCAGCAAUCAAUCGGACAACCACAAAGCGCCCGCCCCCUUUCAAAUACGCAGCGGGAAAUCUGCAAAUAAAUCCACCCGUGGGAACGUUCCCUAAGGCCUGAAAGUCAGAAAUCAAGUAAGGUCAAGUUUCCCUUUAAAUUCAAAACUCUUCAGGAUUGAAGUGUGACGGUUUCUGUUUAACCUAGUUUUUGUAAGUGAUUUCCUGGAAAGGUCUGUUAAAAAAAGGGACCGUUAACAUCAGUUUUCAGAUCACAUACAGCACAUCUGCAGUAUAUUUGAUGCUGUGGAUGCGCUGACAGCAGUUACAGAGGUGUGGCCAUCGCUCUGUGACUGCCGGCACCGCCUCCGCAGCAUCAAAUACGCUGGGAAUGCGCUGUGUGUGAGCCUACCCUAAAUACGUGUAUACAUCCGUUAAUAUCAAUUUCUUUACAUUUUUUUUAAUCAGAUCUUUUUUAUUAAUUAUAACAGUUUUAUAUAGAAGAAACAAAAAAACCACAUUUGCCCCCACCCACACCUCCAUCCCAAACACAAAACCCACUUUAAACCUUUUUUUAACAAUUUUACAUUAAAAAGUAGCUCCCACCAUCUGUUUUUUGUUUUCUUCUGUCCCUACCUAUUGUUAAUCUAUCCAUCUAUCUUCCUGCCUUUAAAAAAAAACUUUUUUUCAACUCACAAAGUCGUCAUCUUCAUCUCUUCUUUCUUGCUGCGCUGUCCUCUCCCGGAAGCCGGCUUCCCCAGCAGGCGCAACGUCACUGACGCCUGAUGGGCCCCGACUUCCGCCCUCACUUCAUCUAUGCUGCACUCUUGUUGGGAGCGAGCAUAGAUGAUCAGCGAAUCGCACGGCAGGCUGCUCCGGGGUCUCCUCCUCCCUGUUUAGCAGUGCAUGGAGGAGGAGUAUAGGAGUAGCCUGUCUAUAAAUAUACACAUGCCUAGACCCGUGUAAAGUUGUAUUGGAGCUUCAGCGCGGCACUGAUAACUAGUGUGCGUGCGCUGUCUCCACUGCUCUUUACAUGCCGGGGGUGGGGAUGGGCUGCAUGCGAAUCUUAGCAGCCAAAGCGCGCAGCCCCGGCGUUCACUGUGCUCGCUCCCGCCUGUCUGAUUGACAGGCAGGGAGCGAGCGCAGCCUGAAUGAAUUAGGACCGAUUGCCCGGCCGGCAUUGGUCUGAAUUCAGGCGUGACAUCACGCCAGGCUGCAGGAGACCCCUAGUGGCCGAUUUUCAAAUGUAAAAUACACCUGUUAAAAAAAAAAAAAAAUAAUGAAACUAUAUUAGAGAUAUGUUGUAGUACAUAAGUACUACAACAUAUUAAAAAGUUGGUGACAGUGCCCAUUUAUUGGUGACGUGAUCUGGCCUCACUUUCUCGUUUUUUUUCUUUUUUGAGCAUACUCAUUGGUAAUAACGGAUUGUAACAGAUGUAAAAACUAACGGAUGCAGGCGGUGGUUACUUCCCUCGCCAUAGACUUUAAUGUUAAAUCAGACUUUAUAAUGUCUAUUAUUUCUGAUGUGGAAAAAUAAGUGCAUGCUGGGUUCUUUUCCCUUACAAAAAUGCAUAUAAAGCACAGCCAAUUCUUACAGAGAUUAAAAAUCGCUCAUUGAAAUCAUAGGAAUCUGUUCAUUUCAGUUUCUCAGACUCCUCAAUGGAUCUGAAGAACAUAAAUAAAAAACGCUAAUGGGAACCUGUCAUCAGAUUCUACCAUAUAUAUGACAACAUGUUAGAUAUGGUAACAUCUUCUUCCUCAUCAUCCCUAGGAGAUGUUCCUGUACGCAGGGAUGGGGAGGAUAUAUAGUUAAAAAUUGUCCCCCCGCCGUCCUUGUAAGUAGUCCCCUGGGCGAGGAGGUAUACUCACCUAGUCCCACUACUCUGGCUGUACCUACGCCCCCUCACUGUGAUUGACAGCCCUCGUCACCGCUCUGCUACCUAAGCAGACGAAGCAGAGCGAUGACACUGGCAGUGUCCUUACUGUCAAUCACGCGGAGGAGGACAUGUUUACAGCCGGAGCAGUGGGACUAGGUGAGUAUAGCUCCCCGUCUGGGGGAUUACUUAAGGGGCCAUCAGGGGAGACUUUCUAACUUCAUAACUUUACCAUACAUAACGUUGUGCCACGUGUUAUAUAUAAAAAUUUGAUGACAGGUUCUUUAGUAUGUUUAUGUUGAUGCUGGAAUAUUUUUUAUGGUUUGCAACUGUCCAACAUCACCAAAGGGGUCUGUAUGACUACAGAGAUAAUAUGUACGAGGGGGCCCUUCCAAACUGCAAAAUGAAAUACUGUUUUUAUAUAACUUUUACUACUACAUCUUAUUUUUAUCAUUGUUGUACUACAUUUUAUAAUUUUAUAUAUUUGUAUCAUGUAACAUACUGUAAAUGUGAACUGUUGUUGCAAUUUUCCACAGCUAUUUAUGUCUAAUAUUGUAUAUUACAAACUCUUGCUUGUACAACAGUAAUUAUAGUUCAUUUUAUACUGCAUAGCUAGAGAAUGGUUACAUUA